AGAUGGGUUAUUGAUCAUUUGAGUCUCCUCUACCUUACACUUGCUAUCCUUAUUUUGUUCAUGGGAGGUAUUUUUGUUUGGAUCUUUUACAGAACAUGAAACAAAGUCGUUAAUUGAGCAUAAUAAACCCAUUAGGUCUCCUCACAACCAUAAAGAAAAGUCUGUAGAGAGUAUACAGUUCGGCUCCUUUUAUCUUGCUACCGACAAUUCUUCAGUAAACACUAAUGGCCCGCUGAAGAAAGGUCAGGCUGAUGGGGCAGUGAAAUCUCGACCCUCCAGCUCUCAGUCUGCUGGGUCUCAAAAGGGACUCGAUGCUUCUACACCUUCGACCUCUGAUAAGAUCAGUGAUACAGAAGUAAAUGGGAUUAUUAAAGAGGUCUCUGAAAGAAAACCUCUUACCAAUGGCGUGACGGUGAAGGCAGAUCCUAUAGGUUUGGGGAAGUUGUGUGUGUCAGAUGCUGAAAGUGACUCUUUGUAUAAAGCUUCGAGCUCGAAAUUUCAAGCCCUGGAGGACAGUGAAAUAUUGUUAAGUGAUUCUUCAUCUAACAGCGUACCAAGAAAGAACAAUCAGAUGGUUGCUACUGAAACUCCUCUGCCCGUUAAAAAAGAACUUACACCAAGAGGAUUAAUAAACGCUGGAAACUUGUGCUUGCGCUUAGGCUUUACUCUCAUGCUCUCCUUUUGUGCAGCUCCUCCAGCGAAUACAACUCCAAGAUAUUCCAAAGGCUGAGUCUCCAACACUAUCUGCAUUCUCCGAGUUCAUCUCCGAACUAGAUAAGCAGUUCAAGUUUCAGAAACAAUGUCGCCGUUGUUGAGUCUGGUAGACCUUUUACACCUGCCAUGUUUGAAGCCGUCCUUAGAAGCUUCACACCGGAUGUACUAAACAACAUGUCUGGCCGGCCAAGGCAGGAAGAUGCUCAGGAGUUUUUGAGCUUUAUAAUGGACCAAAUGAACGAUGAGCUGCUGAAACUCAAGGAAGUGUCACACAAACUUACUGCUUCCAAGUCCUCGGUUGUUACUUCUGCUGACGACGAUGAUGAAUGGGAAACAGUUGGACCCAAAAACAAAUCUGCUGUGACGAGAACACAAAGCUUUGUUCCUUCUGAGCUCAGUGAUAUAUUCGGUGGACAGCUAAGAAGCGUAGUGAAAGCAAAAGGGAGUAAAGAUUCUGCUACUGUACAGCCAUAUCUCUUACUUCACCUUGAUAUUCACCCGGGAGCGGUGAGGACAAUAGAAGAUGCGUUGCAUUUGUUUUCUGCACCAGAGGAUCUUGAAGGGUAUCGAGCCUCGGUUACUGGGAAGGCUGGUGUAGUGAGUGCUAGAAAGUCGAUAAAGAUACAGAAACUCUCGAAGAUAAUGAUACUGCACCUUAUGCGUUUUAGCUACGGAAACCAAGGGAGUACUAAGCUCCAUAAACCUGUUCACUUUCCCCUUGGGCUCAACCUAGGCCGCUAUGUUCUUGUUUCUCCUUCCAACGGGGUAUAAAGUUGAAAACAUAACUCUCUCUCUCUCUCUCUAUGACUUUAGACUUGUUGGAUAUAUAGUAAUGGAAAAGCAUGGAAUGUAUUAUCAACAAAAGAAGCGUGUGAAGCAAGUCUACAAGGUUAUAUGAAGAAUCACGUGAUCUCUCAAGAUGCAGGACCACAAGCGAAUGAGCCGUUGCUCCUGCCAUAAAGCAAAAGCAACCGAUCCUCUUGUCGGGUAAAGAGAAUCAAAGGAUAAGUUCAAGCUGUCUUCAUUAAAUGACUCCGUACAAGAAGCACAUGUGGUCAAGCGUGAGAUACGGGUUGGGUAGUGAUUCAAUUAUAUAUAUGAGACUUGUUGUAUUGGAGAGAGGCGUGAGAAAGAGGAGAGAGAACAAACUCAUAGCAUAAGCUAGAUUUGUGUUCUUGGAGAAGAGUGUAGAGAUAAACCGGUGAGAGUCUUGUAAAGGCCUUAGGGUUUUGAUAUCUCUGUAAACACUUAUUGAUCUAGUGGAUUCCGGGAGAAAGAUCCCGGCCAGACGUAA